AUGAGCCGAAAGGGUAUGAAAUAUGGCCAAUGGUCAGAAAUGGAUAUGAAAGAGGCGUUAAUAAAAUACAAAACAGGGGGAUUUGGUCUUAAUCAGAUCUGUGCCAUGUACAAUGUCCCCAAGCCUACCUUAAAAAGACAUUUAGCUUCGUCCAAUGUUAAAGCCAAAGAAGGCGUAAAAGCGUUAGGUCGGUCUACAGUUUUUAGUGCUGAGAUCGAAAACCAGCUUGAGGAUCAAAUAUUAAAAUUGGAGGAGAGCUUUUAUGGCGUGACAAUUCGUGAUAUCCGUAAAGCUGCUUUUGACUUUGCUGAGCAAAAUAACAUAAAACACAGCUUUAAUAGAAUAUCCCGAAUGGCAGGCAAAAAAUGGUUCUACCAAUUCAUGAAGAGACAUCCAAAUAUUUCUUUACGGCAGCCGGAAGCCACGUCUUUGGCCCGUUCCAAGGGCUUUAAUCAAGAAAAUGUAUUCGGAUUUUUUAACCUUUUGGAGAAACUAGUAGACGAAAACCGUUUGGAUGCAACUAAAAUAUUUAAUGUUGAUGAAAGUGGGUUUUCUACUGUGCAAAAGAAGUGUCAAAAAAUUCUUGCCAGAAAAGGAAAGCAUCAAAUAGGAGCAAUAGCCAGCGGUGAAAGGGGGGUAAAUACAACUAUGGUUGUCUGUACUAGCGCAUCUGGGCAAUAUGUUGCGCCUAUGAUCAUUUUUAAGAGAAAAAGAAUGAUGACUGAGCUUGGAAUGGGAGCACCACCUGGGUGUAUGGUCGUCAUUUCUGACACCGGCUACAUUAACUCAGAUCUGUUUGUGGUGUGGCUGCAGGGAUUUAUUGACGUUGUUAAGCCGUCUAUUGACAGUAAACUUGUGUUAGUGCUUGAUGGGCACACAACUCACUCCAAGAAUCUUAAGGCCGUGCAGUUAGCAAGACAACAUGGAGUUAUUAUGUUACAGUUACCAGGGCACACCACGCAUCGACUGCAACCCCUCGAUGUAGCGGUGUUCAAGCCAUUGGAGGGAUAUUACAACCAAGCUGUUGAAAAAUGGAUGAGGGAGCAUGCAGGGUUAGGAGUGACGCAGUUUCAAGUUGCGCAGAUUCUUGGUGAGGCCUAUCCAAGGGCAGCAACCAUUGCUAAUGCCAUAAACGGCUUUCGAAAAUGUGGGAUAUGGCCCGUCGACAGAAACGUCUUUCGCGAUGUUGAUUUUGCACCUUCACUUGCCUUACAGGAAGUCUCGACUUCAAAUGGAGUUGAGGUCAAUAACACUUCUCAUCAAGAUUCCGACACAAGUGACAAUGACGGCGACAUUCCCCUUUCUGAAGUUGUGAAGCAGAUGCAAUCGCCUCGUGUGCACAUUUCUUUUGAAAACAUAAUUCCUAUGCCUAAUGUAAAAGAAGUACGAAAUAAUCGCAAGUCCAAAGGACCGCAAAAAUCACAGACCUUAACAUCUACCCCAUAUAAAGAUGAACUGGAAGCUCGUGCAUCUGUUUCUGGUCAAGAUAAGCGUUGUUCUGUACGGAGAAGAAUUGGUUCAACCUCACCCAAGCCGAACACAUCAGGCAUGUCUGCAAAACAAUCAUCUAAACGAACCAAAAUGGUCGAUGCCGUAAUUGAGAUAAACGCAGAGGAGUGGUACUGUCAAAUGUGCGAUGAAUGCAGAGUGGAGAAUAUGAUCCAGUGCAUUAAAUGCCAGAAGUGGUCUCACGAGUCCUGUGUUACUUUUGUUUCUCCCGAUUAUACUUGUGACAUUUGUAAAUCUCAGUUCCGUUAA